GAAAAGUCAAAAAUGACAUCUGACAUUUAUCUGCGUUCAAGCAAAAAAGGAAAACGAAAAAGAAAAAGAAGAACUCUUAAAUAAUUUGUCAUUUUUCCCAUAUUAAAUAAUCUCCUAAAAUCAAACAAUGAAAGGCUUAUUGUCGUUUCUCAAAAACAAGACGGUUUUUUACAUAAGUUUAGCCGGUACAGUCGUUGGCGUAUCAUGUUUUGUUAAAGAUCAAAUGCAAGGUGGCCAAUACAAAAAGAAGACAUCUGCUGAAGGUAAAGUAUGCAUUGUCACUGGAUCCAAUACAGGAAUUGGCAAGGAGACAGUACGGGAAUUGGCUAAACGAAAAGCUCAUGUUUACAUGGCUUGUCGCAAUAUGCAAAAGUGUGAGGAGGCUCGAGAAGAAAUCGUCCUGGAAACAAAGAAUAAGCAUGUCUACUGUCGUGAGUGCGAUUUGUCUUCCCUUCAGUCUAUACGCCAAUUUGUAGACGCAUUUCAAAAAGAACAAACCAAAUUGGAUAUUCUUAUCAAUAACGCUGGUGUAAUGCGUUGUCCACGAACCUUAACGAAAGAUGGCUUUGAAAUGCAACUGGGAGUUAACCACAUGGGUCAUUUCUUGUUGACAAAUUUGCUUUUAGAUAUUCUUAAAAAAAGUGCACCUAGUCGCAUUGUUGUUGUAUCCAGCUUGGCGCAUACAAGAGGAGAAAUCAACGUUACGGACUUGAAUAGUGAAAAAUCCUAUGAUGAAGGUGACGCGUAUAGUCAGAGUAAACUCGCAAAUGUCCUCUUCGCUAGAGAACUUGCCAAGAAACUUGAAGGAACUGGAGUCACUGUCAACUCAUUGCAUCCUGGAGUCGUGGACACAGAAAUUGUACGUCAUAUGGGCAUAUUCAAUAAUAUCUUUACCAGUCUUUUGGUACGACCUCUCUUAUGGCCUUUCGUAAAGACUGUAAGGUCAGGAGCACAAACAAGCAUUUAUGCCGCAUUGGAUCCAGAAUUGGAAAAAGUUUCCGGAUUAUAUUUUAGUGAUUGUGAACCGAAGGAAGUUGCACUUGCAGCCCAAAAUGAUGAUUUGGCCAAAUGGCUAUGGUCAGUUAGUGAAAAGUGGACAAGAAUUAAGGCGUAGGAAAACUUGAUUGAUUUUAUUUAACAAGAAAUAAAAUAGGUAGUAAAAUACAAAGUUUUUAAAUCCUUAAGUAAUGGCAAAUAUUCCAUUAACAAGACAAAAACUUAAAUGUUUUGAUAUGUUUCUUUUUUAAUUCUGUUCACGUUUUUAUAUUUAUUAAAUUGAUUCUUACUGAAAUAUAUUCAUAAAUGUA